AUGAAGGUGAAAAAGAAUUAAUGAAUCAAGAAGAAAAUAGUGUAAAUAGUGACAAAGAUUUAGAUUUAAUAAAUUCAGAAAAUAUAACAGAUAUAAAUAUAGAUGCUCCAUCUAGAAGGUUAUAUUUACUAUCUCUUUUACUACCACAUGAUAUUUGUUCUAGAUUGGGCACUACAGGAAAAUCUCAAAUAACCAAUGCAAAAUUAAAAAUGAAUGCAGCAGAGAUAUAUAUAGAAUUAUUACGACGUGUACAACAGGAAGAAAUUGAAUACCAAGAUGUACCCAAGGUGUUUACUAUAGCUAAUUGGAUUAAAAAAACAUCUUGA